CCAGCGACAGCGAGCCGAGUCAACAAAGUCAGAGAGAACAUCGUGUCGAACACACACUUGUAAACAGAGAGAUAUAAACAAACAGAAAAUGGGUUGCAAAGCGUGUGAGACCAACUGCCAGUGCUCGGCCAUCAAGUGCGGCGACAGCUGCCCCUGCAGCCAGCAAUGCAAAUGCGCCUGCAAGAACGGACCCAAGGACAAGUGCUGCUCCAACAAAAAUUGAUAACAGACUAUAAAUAGAUAUAUAGAUAUAAACAUAGUACAUAAUAAAUAUCAUAUUAUGUAUAUAUCUACCAAUACUGAUUCAUCGAUGCACACCAAUUGACUACGGACAAUAAAAAAUACUAUCUCAAUUUUAA